AUGCCCAGGAAGGAUGACGACACCAAAAAGCCGGCAUCGGAGACGGUGCCAGACCAGCACUGGAAACUACAGGUCUUCUACCUCUGCUUCUACGGCUUCAUGACGCAGAUCCGGCCCGGGGAGAGCUUCAUCACCCCGUAUCUCCUGGGGGCCGACAAGAACUUCACCCAGGCAGAGGUGACCAACGUGAUCACGCCGGUGCUGACCUACUCCUACAUGGCCGUGCUGGUUUUGGACUACCUGCGCUACAAGCCGGUGCUGGUGCUGCAGAGCUUGAGCCACAUCUCCAUCUGGCUGCUGCUGGUGUUUGGCACCUCUGUCCUUGCCAUGCAGCUGAUGGAGUUCUUCUACGGCGUCACCAUGGCCGCCCGCAUUGCCUACUCCUCCUACAUCUUCUCCCUCGUUGCCCCGUCCCGCUACCAGCGUAUGGCCAGCUACUCCCGCUCCGCCGUCCUCCUGGGUGUCUUCACCAGCUCAGUGCUGGGCCAGCUCUGUGUGACCUUGGGUGGCGUCUCCUUCCUCACCCUCAACUAUGUCUCCUUGGGCUUCGUCAGCUUUGGCUUCAUCCUCACCCUCUUCCUUGAGCGGCCCCAGCGCAGCCUUUUCUUCAACCGGCCCGAGGGGGCUGGUGACGAGACUGCACCCACCGAGCUGGACAAGAUGGCCGGGGGGGACAGCGGUGGGGGGAAAGGGGGCUGGCGUGAGGUGGUGCUGUGCCGGAUGCUGCGGGAGGUGGGAGCGUUGGCUGGGCAACCCCAGCUCCGGCUCUGGUCCUUGUGGUGGGUAUUCAACUCGGCCGGUUACUACCUGAUACUGUACUACGUGCAGAUCCUCUGGUCAGAGCUGGUGAUCGGAGUGGUGACGGCUUUCCAGGCGGGGCUGCUCCUGCUUAUGAACACCACCAGCAACAUCUGGCUGUGCUACGCUGCCUACGUCCUCUUCCGUGGCUCUUACCAGUUCCUGGUGCCCAUCGCCAUUUUCCAGAUCGCUACCUCCCUCUCCAAAGAGCUCUGCGCACUGGUCUUUGGGGUCAACACCUUCUUUGCCACCGUGCUGAAGACCAUCAUCACCAUCAUCGUGGCUGAAAAGAGAGGCCUGGGCUUGUCCGUGCAUCCUCAGUUUUACGUGUAUUUCAGCUACUUCACGCUGCUGGCGGUGAUCUACCUGCUGGCAGGCC